CUGUUGGUUAUUCUAUACACGAUCGUCGACACGAUUGGUACACAUGUAGCAUGCUAGUUAUUGGGAUGCAGGAAGUUGACAGUGCAUACUGUGCAUCGAACAAAUUAACCAAAUUGGGUAUAUCUGUGACAUAUGGUGACAUAUACAUGAAGUGACUUCUAACAGUUCAUUAAUCAUUUAAUUUAUUGUUGCUAUGAUGGUAAUAUCGGAGAUGUUAAAUGUAUGGCAUCUAAGUUAGUUCUUCCGUGGAUUUGCCGUAGUGAUUUUUCUCUGUUAAUGCGUUUUGUUAGCUCUGGAAUUAUCAGUAAUACAAUGCAAAUUAAUAACAGUAAGGUUAGACUUAAAAUGGCACUCAUUGUCUGGUAUUUAAGUUUGCAACUCGUCGGUACCCACACUGAAAAGUUUCGUACAGCUCUAACCAUUAAAGAGGGCUUAGAUGAUUUGAACAUUGAAGAGGAUGCUGAGUCUGAUACAGAAGACAUGGAGGUAUUUUAUCCGACUAGCAAAUGGCAGACUCUCAAACCAGGUCAAGCUGUUCCAGCAGGCUCUCAUGUCAGGCUGAACCUUCAGACCGGACAAAGAGAAGCCAAACUCGGAGAAGAAGAGGGUCUUAAAUACUGGACAGAUGGAAAGAGGCAAGGAAUGGUGAACCAAAAUGCUGCAUCAUUUACGCCCCAGGAGCUAAAAGAGGCUCUAAAGAAGUUUAAAAAAGAAGCAGAUGACUUUUCUAAAAAAGACUCAGAGCAGGAUAAGGAGUCUGUCAGGGCCCAGUUUCGCUCCAUGAAUGAGCUGAAAAAAGACAUGGAAGCACUGGACUUGCUGGUAGAGACAGAUGUCCAGAUUAUGAGAAAAUUGCUGUCCAAAAUUGGCAGCAUCAACAGUACAGUGGAUGAAAGGGUCACUGCCCUCCUUGACCUAGAGUACCUUGUUCACCAGGUAGACAAUGCACAGAACCUGGUGACCAUGGGUGGACUGCAGCUGGUUACUGAUGCCUUAAAUAGCACAGAUGUUAGACUUCAGGAAAGUGCUGCAUUUGUACUAGGAUCAGCUGUUUCAGGUAAUCCAACAGUCCAAGUUGAGGCAUUUGAGGGAGGGGCCUUACAGAAGCUACUGACUCUGCUAGCCACCCCACGACUAAUAUCUGUUAAGAAAAAGGUAUUGUUUGCAUUGGCAUGCCUGUUGCGCCACUUCCCUUUCGCUCAAAGUCACUUUGUGAAGCACGGAGGAGUACAGGUACUUGGUGAGCUCUUCCAAGCACAAGAUGCUGAGACUCUGCGUGUGAGAAUCGUCACACUGCUCUAUGACAUGAUUACUGAGAAGGAGCUGAUAUCACAGCAUGGUACAGAUGCUCCACCAGGCUCUACCAAUCAGGAACGCCUACGGCAGUAUGCUGAAGUGUCUUUCCUGCCCAUGUUAGCCGAGCAGGGCUGGUGCGGUCUGGUACCUGAACUUCUGGCCUCUCCUGACCAUGAUUGGCGAGAGAAGGCUUUGCAUACUCUUCUGGCCAUGAUGCCCCACUGUCUGACUCAGUAUCAGCAGAACCCCAAGCUGAUCACAUCUCUCAGUGUUCUGCAGAAACAGUACCAGGAGCUAGUCCUGACCGAGGAGACCCAGGGUGAAGAGGAAGGAUACUUUAAUGAGGUCUUGGCCCUGGUGGACUCUUUGGUAGUGAAAAUGCACUGAGGGCACAAUGGGUGUAGACAGCUUUACAUCAUUAAACAAUAAAAAGGCUUGUUUGAGUUAAA